AUGACGUCUGGCGAAACUUCUGCAGAAUCAGAAACAUCAGGCGAGACUUCUACCGAAACAGUAACUUCUAACGAGACCACUGCUGCAACGGUAACAUCAGACGGGACUUCUGUGGAUUCAGAAACAUCAGGCGAGACUUCCACUGGAACUGUGACUUCUGACGAGACCACUGCUGAAACAGUAACAUCAGGCGGGACUUCUGCUGGAACAGCAACCAUUGAGAGCACUUCUGUGGAGACAGUCACCUCUGGCAGAACAUCUAUGGAGACGGUACCGUCCGAUGUGACGUCUACCGGAACAGUCACACAUUCUGACAAAGAAACCACAACACUGCGGCCUGAGACUUCACUGGAGCCGAUCACCAAAGAGCCUAGCAAGGCAAAAUACAUUUGUGGUCCCGUUGUGUGUGUGCCGUGUGUUAACGUGUGUCCCUAUGGUGGAUUUGGAGGAGGUCUUCUUGGGCCGAUAGGAGCACUUGGAGCAGCUAUUUUUGGGCCAUUCGGAUUACUGGGAUAA